AGUUCACCUGUGUUUUCGUUUGCUGUAAAUUUUGCACAGGUCAACUAAAAGUCAUUACCAUUUUGAAGAAAACAAAAGGGAAUCACCUCGUAUUUUUCUCUGCAUCUGUGUUCUCGCUCGGUGUCGCCGCCUCCUCGAUGCGACAAGGAUGGAGAGGGUUCUCUACGUGUUAGAAUUAGAUUUUGAGUUAUAUUUUUCUCCCAAUUAAUAUGACGCAUUUGGGUUUCAUCCGGAUCUCAGCAAUAAUCUUCGAUCUUCUCCGCCCAGAGGGACGUAUGGUGGGGUUAUUCCCUAGGUCAAAAACCUGGGAAGCAGCAGCAGCAUGCCAAGUGAAGAAGGUGGCUCCAUGCUUUGCUCUUUUGCAAUAUUUACGGGCUUCCACGUCCAGAAUUGAAAGCCGAUGGAGAAAAACUUAAAGAUCUAACACGUAGAGAACUCCUCUAGAUCCUUAGUUUCAUUACUAUACAAGUUUGAUCAUCAUCUUUAUCAUAUCGUUCAGGUUCGUUUGAUCAUCUUUUCUAGAUUAAAUUUCAUUUUUGUUU